AGCCGGUGACGAAGCCGGCUGGCUCCCCAGGUUGCGGCUGGAGCUCACAAGUAAAAUAUCCGCGGCCGCUGGAGGGGCGGGGAAGAUGCUGCCCGCUCAGCCCUUUGGGAGACUCUUCGGCAGGGCCCUCAGCCGCCGCAAGGACGAAGCGAAGGCCGCUGGGAAACGGGUGCUGGUGGCAGGACUGGGAAACUACGGCCUGCGAGGCACCCGCCACAGUGUGGGGAUGGCCAUGCUGAACCACCUGGCCAAUAAGCUGAGUGUGGCGGACCAAUGGAAAAUGGACCGGCGCUGCUGUGGGGAUGUGGCCAUCGCCAAGCUAGACAACAUGGAGCUUGUGCUAAUGAAACCCCGCAGGCUCAUGAAUGUCAAUGGCCUCUGCGUGGCCGGGGCUGGUGAGAGAAACUCUUCUUUCUCCCUAUGA